CUCGAGCGAUGUGUCUCGUGCGGAUAUUACCGGCCAGGCGCAGCGCGAAGGAUUUUGCUAUUAACCCAAGCUUUAUUUCUGCCUUUGUUUGUCAAUUUUACAAAGGAUAGGUCAAACAACAACAACAACAACUAAGUCAACGAGUGCUUUUGAGAAGUAGUCGAGGGGAAUACAAGGGGGGAGGAAAAAAAACGAAAAAAAACGCAACACGUAGUGGGGGUUCCACGAGAGAAGCGACAGGGAGUUUGGAGCCAAAAGUGGGAAGCAAGGCGAAGUAGGGACGGAGAGAAGACCGCAUUUCGCUCUCUUCGCAACGCUACAAAAAAACAAACAAACAAAAAGUAACCCCCAAAAAAUAAAAACGGAAUAAUGAGGAACGUUUGCUUCAUUUUGACCGUCGGCUUGGCAGUCUACCUCUCCGGGGAAAGGAUAGCAGAGGCAGCCAAGACUUCCUCCCAGGCUGACGACUUAUACCUGGAUGACACAGGCUCAGGAGGUUAUUAUCCAGAAGAUGAUGAUGACUUUAACUCGGGGUCUGGCUCUGGUGCAGGUGAAGAGGUGGCUGAAGAAACAGUGACAGUCAGUAUGGUGUAUAUCGCACCCAAAGCAGUAGAACCCACCAAGGACUCCACCAAAGAUUUCACCCCCAAGGUAGAGACAGCUACGGUCAGAGAAAAGGCCAGUGACAGCACACCUAAGAAACCAUUCAGAACAGAGGCACCAGUGCCUGUUACAGAGGACAUGCUGAGGAACCAGAUGACGAGUACAACCACUGCCCCGGGCUCGGCUCAGGAGCCCAUCGAGGUCCGCACCGAGAACCUUUUCCAAAGGACAGAGGUGUUGGCAGCCGUUAUUGCUGGUGGGGUGAUCGGAUUCCUAUUCGCCAUCUUCCUCAUCCUACUCCUAGUUUACCGCAUGAGGAAGAAGGACGAGGGCAGCUAUGACCUGGGUGAGAGGAAACCUUCUGGUGCAGCCUAUCAGAAGGCCCCAACCAAGGAGUUUUAUGCAUAAAAGUCCCUCCCACCUGUCAUAGGAUCAACAAAUCACAAGAGGCUGCCUGAGCUGCAGCCCAUGGCAACAGCGAACACGAGAAACAACAAUAAGUUACAAUAUUGAUUUAAGGAAAAAUAGCAUAACGGAAAGCUUUUGCAUAGCAUAUUGUUAUUAAGAUCUUUUUCCCUUCUUUUGUUUAAAAAAUACAAGCUUUCCUCAUUUUAUGGCAACUUUCAGUGUGUUUGAUGAAAAGGUUUAAAAAAUAACACAAACAGGAUCUGUAAAGGUGAGAAAAUAAACUGCAUCUGUCUUCUGUCUAAGGAGGUUGUGUUUAGUUGCUGACUACUUUUAACUGUAGCAGUAUGUUAUUUGUAAAGAAAAAAAAUCAAAAGUGGAAAUAAUUGAAUAUAAUUAUACUGUAUCAAUCCUACUUUGUUUAUUUCUUUUUUAUUUUGUCUUAGCAUGUCUGAUGUUGAUCUCUAAAGUUGUAUUACAUUAAUUUAUCUUUUCUCUGAUGUUGAAAAAUGCCUUUGUAGUUUUGAUGAAGCUCUUUUGUCUUCACAUUAACGUUGUUAAUAGUCAAUGUAAAUUUUUUCCCUUCAGGUUUCAAUGUUUAUUUUUUGCUCUAUACCCGUUUGUAAACAAGGGUGAGCAUUACAUCAUGUCUUGUUUAUUUUGCCAUUAUCUGCAUUUUGUUUAGUUUUUUUGACAGCAUUUUAUUAUCAUACCCAGGAAUUAGUAAAAGAUGGAGGGACAGUGUGUCAGGGCUCUAAGAAAAAAAAAGGCUUUGUCUUUCAGAUUGCACACUAUUGUUUCAGGGGGCUGAAGUCUCUUUUUUGUUAUUAUUAUUAUUAUUAUUUUGGCCCACAACCACCUUCCUCAAUGUUUUAACUGACUGCACCCUCACAAAACUAGCAUCCUUCUACCCUUCCCCGGCCUCUUUUUCUCUCUGUUUACCAUCACACCCACCUUCUUUCUAGUCAGACUGGAGCAUGGCCAGUUUCGCUGUCAAUGGCCUGCCCCACUUACAGCUUUGUACCAGUCUUGACGCUUUAGGCCCAAAGACAUGCUCAGUGAAAAGCCUCAUUGGACACAAACACCAGGCCACAUGCAUAGCACAUACCACUGAAACAAACAGAAACAUCCCUGCAGACACCUAGCAUGUAAAUCAUGGACAUUAAAUCUACUUUUGUAGAACCAAGACACGGGUGGAAGGUUUUACACAAGUAUUAAAGUAAUCAUUGUUAUCAGAAGCUAAAUAAUAUGUUCACUGGGUAAAAAAUGAUUCAAGUUUGAUGUUGCCUGUUUCCGCUGGACAAUGAUGUAAAGUCGAUAAGUACAGAGUUACAUUAUUUAAAAAUGUAUAACGAUCACCCACAUGUGGCUGUUCAUCCUAUGUGACCAUUUAUAUUCUUUGUCCCUUCGGGGUCCUUCCUUGUCAUACAGGAACUAAGGUAUUGAACUAUGUUGACAAACCCAAAGACUCACUGUAUUCCUACUCCCAAACCGACUCUCCUCUGCGGCUAUUUCUGUUUUUUUUUGUUUUGUUUUCCACGUUCCUUUUUAAAUUUUGUUUCUUUCUCUUAAUUAGAGAGGCCUAACCUUCCGAUAGAUUAUUAGUAUAUUGAAAGAUAUAUAAAUACAGUAUAUAUAAUGUAUAUUCACAAAUGUUUUAAACCUUCAAAGUGCCUACCAUUUGGAUAAGGUCAUGCUCACAGUGAGCAUGAAGCAGGGGUCGAAACAGCUUGACUGGCAUUCAGUGUGCACGGAUGACUGUAAUGGUAACAUUUUUUUUUUAAGUCUUACAAAAAGCUGACAGUAUUGUACCUAUAAGUUGAAACAACACUACUGAAUAAACAUUGUGGCCUAAUA